AUGGUAUCUGCCCUCUCGCGUAUUGAUUCGGGAGGUCUUAAUAUUCCCAUUGAAAAUAAUGCAGAUCUACUACUCCCUGCAAAGAAGAGACACAAGGAUGAUCAGCUCUAUGUGACAGGUACCACAAAACUCUUCAGAAUGGAGACAGAAACUUUUAUUGAGUAUUUUCCUGGUACAUAUCCUCAAGGAGCUUUUAAGUUUUUCUCAUACCGCACUUCUAUUUUUGUAACUGAUUCUUGCCAUACAGGAAGGGAAAAUGAAGCGCUUGAACAAAUUGCAAAACAAAAUCCGAAAUCGGCGAAACAGCAGAGAAAAGUGCGUUAUAGAGGAGUAAGGCAAAGACCUUGGGGUAAAUGGGCUGCAGAGAUCCGCGAUCCAAAGAAAGCAGCUCGAGUUUGGCUGGGCACAUUCCAGACUGCAGAAGAUGCAGCUAAAGCCUACGAUGACGCUGCCUUAAAUUUCAGAGGGAGGAAGGCCAAAUUGAACUUCCCGGAAACCGCCUCUCUCACUUUCACCGGAACCGACAAUAAGUUCUGUGUGAAUUCAAAUAAUGAAGAUGUCUUUAAUGGAAGUAGGAUAGAACUUCCAGCCGCACCCUCAACAUCCACUGAUUCUCCAUUCAUACUCAACCCUCAAAUUUCAACGCCAAGCCCAACUACAAUUGGACACGGGGCAGCUACCUGUGACUUUCUUCAACACGGCUAUUCGUCAGCAUGUUUGUCUCAAUCCCUUGAGCUUUAUGGUCAUGCCCGACAUGGUUCAAGAAUGGAUCUGGACAAAGCGAAGAGCUUUCUUUCAUAUGACGCAAUUCGCCAAUUUUCCGGCUUCACAAUAUCUCAGUUGCAGCAACGAGACCAAUUUCAUGUUUCUUAUUUGCAAAACCAGGAACGUAUAGAUUAUGAGCAAUUUAGUUGGAGGCCUGCUUUGGGUUCAUCAAUAUAUUCAGAUCACUCCUCUGCAAUGCUCGAUAAUCAAUUAUAUAAGCAGCAACAUCAACAGGUGAUUGCUCCACAACAUUUAGCUCAGCCAGCAAACACUCUGAAAGAGCGAGAGGAAAACUGUUUUCAAGAAACUGCUGUGGAUCAAAUUCCUAUUCAGCGUAAAUGGCACUGCUCAGAGGCUCUUACACCACAAAACUUUCAGUGCAAAGAUCCAUGAUAUAAGAGCAGGGAAGGAAGUUCAACUUGUAGGUAUGGGUAAAUUGUUUUUUAUUUAUUUUUGAUUUCACGUUUGCUCAACAAAGAGCUAUAGACCAUCUCAACCUUGUGGGAUAUCUGCUUAGUAGUUAUGAUGAAAGAUUUGAUAUGGAAUUCAUGGAAUGCAUUAACUAAUUCUUAGAGCUAUGAAAUAUUUGUGGGGAGAGAAGCACCUAUGUUUAAAGU